GAAGAGGUGUGAGCAGCGUUCUCCCUCCGCGGCUGGUGUGACACUCGCUCGGCUCAGAGGACUUUGCGGAUGUACCUGACGGUUCUCCGUGUCUCCGAGUCACUGGACCKGACUCCCACCACGCCGACGGGUACGGAGCCCGAAACCCUCCGCCUGUGUCCCGCAGACACCCGUCCAGAGGAGGAAGGCAGGAGCUUUACACUACAGUCGCUACCAGAAGACAUUGAUUUCCUCCUGUUUAAUCAAUCAGAGAGUCCAGCUGCACUUCUCCUACACUCAUGCCGGCUGAACAAGCCGCGGUGUGACCACAUUGGGACUAUAUAUCUGCUUUAACCUCGGACUGAAGAUGGGGAUAAGAGUGUAGUGCUGUCAGGAAUGCCCCAGACUGUGUGCUCAGGCACCAUGUUUACCACUCCCAGUGGCUUCAGCCCUCAUCUGGCCUGUGCUGAACCUGGAGGGGAGGAGGAGGAGGCCCCGCAGGAAGGCCCAGGGACCGGGGCUAGCCUGGCAGAUGGGACCCCGUUCACCUCUGCCUCCCUGGACACCCUCAUCCAGAACCUGGUGCCCACUGCAGACUACUACCCUGAGAAAGCCUAUGUGUUUACCUUCUUGCUGAGCGCCCGUCUGUUCAUUCCUCCUCCGGAGCUGCUCGCCAGGGUGUGUGAGCUGUGCAUCAAGCAGCAGCAGCUGGACCAGAGCCCACUCGAUACGGUUAAAGUUCGCAAGUUUGGUCCCAAGAUCCUGCAGCUGCUGACAGAAUGGACAGAGACGUUCCCGUCAGAUUURAGAGAUGAGAAGAUGGUCGGACACCUGAAAGACAUCAUCCGCAGGAUAGCUCCGUGUGACGAGGCCUACUGGAAAACCCUGAACCAGAUGCUGCAGAAGCUGAGCCAGAGGCUGGCCCUGAUGAGCCAGGGGGAGGAGAGCAUCGUCAAGGUCUCCCUCAACGCUUCCUCCAUCUCRGACAAGCUCGUGGCUUUCAAGACCAAGCCUCCGCCCAUACAGAAGGACAUUUUCUGCAUCUGCAACGACCCCUACACGCUGGCACAGCAGCUCACCCACGUGGAGCUGGAACAUUUAAGCCAUAUUGGGCCGGAGGAGUUUGUCCAAGCCUUUGUUCAGAAAGACCCACUGGAUGGAACUCAGCAGCCGUGUUUCAGUGAUCAGAAGAAGAAAACCUCCAACCUGGAAGCUUAUGUCCGCUGGUUCAACAGACUGUGUUACCUGGUAGCAACAGAGAUCUGCAUGCCAGCAAAGAAGAAGCAGAGAGCCCAGGUCAUUGAGUUCUUCAUCGACGUAGCCAGAGAGUGUUUCAACAUCGGAAACUUCAACUCCCUCAUGGCCAUCAUCUCUGGCAUGAAUAUGACUCCMGUGUCCCGACUGAAGAAGACUUGGAGUAAAGCCAAGACCGCCAAGUUCUUCAUUCUGGAGCAUCAGAUGGAUCCUACGGGAAACUUCUACAACUACAGAACGGCCCUGAGGGGGGCUGCCCAUCGCUCUCAGACUGCCAACAGCAACAGAGAAAGGAUUGUGAUUCCUUUCUUCAGCCUGCUUAUUAAAGACAUCUAUUUCCUGAAUGAAGGCUGCGCUAAUCGCCUGCCCAACGGCCACAUCAACUUUGAGAAAUUUGUGGAGUUAGCGCGACAAGUGGGCGAGUUCAUGACUUGGAAACAGGUGGAGUGUCCCUUUGAGGAGGAUCAGGCCAUCCUGCACUACCUCCACACCGCUCCCAUCUUCAGCGAGGACGGGCUCUAUCUUGCAUCCUAUGAAAGUGAGAGUCCAGAAAACCAGGUAGAGAAGGACCGAUGGAAAGCCCUCAGGUCCAACGUCCUGUCGAAGACAUGAGUGGACGACGGCUCUAACCCUCUCACCAUCACUGAAGCUCGUGUUCUCUUUGCACUAAACUGGACUGUGAAGGAGCCUAAAGCUGGUACUUAGGUGUUAUUGGGGUUUUUUUAUGAACAACUUGUGUGAAGAAGAAGAAAAAAUGAAAUGACGAUGAACAGGAUUCAUCAACAUGAGUGUGUAAAAUAAAUGAAAAUAUUCAAAAACAAAAAACAGAACAACAACAAAAAAAGCUUUGCAGGAUCUUUUAGCUACAGGAUGUUGGAGAGGGACGCGGCCUCUCCGUCCCCCUUCUGUGUGUUUACUCUGUGAACAUGUUUACCACUGUAGAACGUACAGUUACAGGGAAAAACCACUUCAUUGUACCAACUACUUGAUGCUGUUUCGUGUAUUUUCUCCUCUCUUACUAUCUGUUUGGAUUUCAUCCAGAGCCUUGAUUAAGUCUUUAAAAUACUGCAACCAGACAUCAAAGCGACGUACAGGGCGCUGGUUAGCCCAGAUUUCACAAAUGAAGGGAUUGGAGUCUGUGUGAACGUAAUCCCUGUGUGUGUGUGCGUGUGAGUCUCYUGUUGCACGGGACUGACCCCAGAACAUGUCUCAUCUCUUUAUUUAUUUCAUUCUAUAGGGAAAUUGAACUUGGUUUAAAUGUAUUUUUUUAUGUGCUUACUCUUUUAUUUUUAUGUGUUGUGCCAUUAUUGUAAUUAAUCUACUGUAAUCUCAUCAUGGCGACAUCAGACGUUAGGCCAGGUGUAGAUUGUGUACAGGUGAUGUUAUGAACCCUCCCUGCCCUCAUCUUUCUGCUCUGCAGGAAGUUUUCUCUGACUGAUGUUCAGUUGUCUUGAUAUAUUUAUGGAGAUCUCUGUUCUGACAGAUGUGAAGUUUUUAUUGUAACUUUCCUUUACAGAAACAUGAAGUCCAGCGGCAGGCUGCGGCAGGUGGUUUUAAAGGGGCAUUAGUGUAUCCACCUUUUAAAAACUGUUCAACCUUGCAGUGAAGUGUUGCUUUCUUUUAUUUAUUUAUUUUUCUAUGGAAGUGAAAUUUAGAUUUGAAGAAUGAAACUUGUGCCACCAGUUGUUAUGACAAGUCAGGUUUCUUCUACUCAAAACGUGUUUUUUUCUUUUUUUCUUUUUUUGUGGUAUUAACAUGGAGUGGAGUGGGAACUGUGUAAUUAUAUGCUUCUUUAAAGCAUUCAGUUAUUGAUUGAUGUCAGUGUUUUCUCUUUUACCAAGCACCUUUCCCUCUCCACAACGGACUGACUUGAACCCUCCCAGCUGAUCUCUCAUCAUUUAGAAACUUGCUUUGUUAACUCGUUCCUGGAUAAGUUAUAGAAGGAAGAAGAAAUAAGUAAAACAGAAAUGUGAUGUCAAAUCUGCCAUUCAUAUUGAAAACGUGUUUGACUAAAACAUGGAUAACUCUGUAUUCUCAGUGACAAUCGCCUGCAUAACAUCAGUUUAGCUCUUUUUAUCUGCUAUCAGACUGCCAGAUCCAUUCUUACUCUUCUUAUUUUCUGUAACAUACAAAACCAUGUGCAGUUUAGAGAUCUCUGGGUUUUUCUCCUGGGUGUUUGGGUCAUAAACACAGACCUUUGGCUUUGACAUCGCUGCAGGAUUCGUGGUUCCUGAAACGAGCCUUUAAUAAAAAUUAACCAUGCCUAA